AGCAGAGGAUUGUGCAGACGAUAAUUGGGAUUGGCGAAGAAGACAACGAGCUGUUCUUGUCCAAGCUACGGGAUAGGAUUGACAGGGUCGGCUUAAAAGAUUGAAGUUCGUUUCAAACACCUUCAUGUCGUUGCACGCGUUCACGUUGGAAGCAGGGCUUUGCCAACGCUAUGGAACACAACACUCAACUGGAUAGAGAGCAUACUGGACAUGGUGCGCCUUGUCCCCACCAGAAAAAGAUCCCUUACCGUCCUAAACAACAUUAGCGGGAUAAUAAAACCAUCGAGGAUAACACUGCUCCUUGGACCUCCCGGAUCUGGAAGAACCACAUUUCUUCUCGCUCUUUCUGGGAAGCUCAGGGAUGACUUGAAGGUAACUGGAAGUGUUACCUACAAUGGUCAUGAAUUACACGAGUUUGUGCCUCAACGAACUGCUUCAUACACCAGUCAAAAUGACGUACACCUGGGCGAACUGACAGUACGGGAGACAUUUGACUUCUCAUCGCGCUGCCAAGGUGUUGGCUCUUCAUACGAAAUGUUAUCUGAACUGGCCAAGCGUGAGAGAGCAGCAGGAAUCAAGCCAGAUCCAGAUAUCGAUGCGUUUAUGAAAGCCUCAGCCAUUCAAGGCCAAAGAACAAGUAUAGUUUCCAACUAUGUUCUCAAGGUACCUGAUUGUCAACCGAUGGCUGUUGCUUUAGUUUCUUCCGAGAAUAUGUUGAUAACUGUAGUUUCAUGUUAA